AUGGGUCAGCGAAGGAUGGCCGCUGUGGCCGUGAUGGUUGUGCUUCUUGCUGGUUUGCAGCCGGCGGUCAUGGACAUCGUGACCACGCUCACAACUACGACCAUCAACAACCUGAAGUGCCAAUGCACCAAUGCCUCGCUCUUCUCGCCCAACGAGCAAAUUGCUGCCUGCCGCAAAGCAAAGCUGAUUGAAACGGUUGACACGCUCAUCAACGCCACCUUUGAGACUCGUCUGGCCGCGCUGGAAGCUGUGGCCUUUGGGGACGGCUGUGAACCGGACGCCUACUCCGGCACUUCCCCAAUUGUGCUGACGACAAACCCGCCUCCAUUGAACCUGACGCUCUGCGAUGCUGAGACGGACAUGUUUGAAUACACUUUGCCAGAGUCUGGUGUGUACGAGGUUUAUCUCUCUCCGAUCGAUGACGUUGUCAGCUGCAUCAUGCCGUUUGUCAAAGUCAGCUUUCUCCUUAACAAUAUGCCCAUCCAGUUUGAUAACAUGACUACUGAUGGCGUCAAGGUUACUUUCACCUCACCGGACCCGGUGUCUGGCACGAUUAAAUUCUUGAUCGAAUCUAAUCAGACUGUUCCGUGUGCCUGUGCUCUUCCUUUGUGUCUUCUAAUUCAUUCCUCCAUUCCUCUCUCUGUCUCUCUCUCUCUCUCUCUCUCUCUCUCUCUCUCUCUCUCCCUUUAUUUCUCUUUCUCAAACCGACCAAACCAAUUCAUCUCUCUCUCUCUCUCUCUCUCUCUCUCUCUCUCUCUCUCUCUCUCUCUCUCUCUCUCUCUCUCUCUCUCUCUCUCUCUCUUUUGUGACCGUUACAACCCCCGGAAACCGAUCGCCCGGGCCUGGAAGUGUAUUCGCUGCAAGACCUGCAUGCGUUGCCAUAAGAAAGGCAAUGCCGAUCAGCUCCUGUUCUGCGACGGCUGCGAUGCAGCCAUCCACACCUACUGCUGCCGACCCAAGCUCAAUGGCGUCCCCGAUAGUGACUUUUAUUGUCCCAACUGCCAAGGUGCACCCUCGGCCAGCACGGACAAGUCAGAACAAGCAAAGCCUGGCCGUACAAGCAAGCGCCAAUCCGGUGCCCAAGAAUCCUCGCAGCCCACCCAGGCCAGAGACAAGAGAGGGAGCACUAUCCAUACCUGGCUGAGUCCCAAACCGACAAAUCCCAGCACGCCUUCACCUCCUAGCACGGGCCGCACCCCAACACGCACUUCUACUCGUGGGCGGGGUCGAGGCCGGGCUCAGAGUCGCACUCGUGCCACGGAUCGAGGCCGCGGCACGCCGGGCCAUGCAACGGCCCACGACGAGCCUUCCUCCGCCACUGCCUCCGCGGAGAAUCGGCGUAAGAAAACCAAGCACAAGUCGCGAGCGCGCUUAAAUCCACUGCGUGGGCUAGAUGUUCCCAAGGCUGAAGCCAAUCUUUUCCAGCGUGCUUUUAGCCAAGCACAAGCCGUCCUAAACCGUACUCCUCUAUCGACCAUGGGUCGAUUAUCUGUCGAGAUAGGUGACCACCGUAUCAAGGCGUGGUACCCCGGCGCCUACCCCCAUGAAUAUGCCACACUUUCAGACAUCUACUUGUGUGAAUACUGCCUCCGCUACUUUCCUGCUCGUGAACAAGUGGGGCGUCACAUGGACAAGUGUGAAUGCCUGGGUCAUCCGCCGGGCACUGAAAUCUAUCGCGAACCUGAGCGCUACGACGCACGGGGUCAACGGCUCGCGCAGCUCCAGCUUUGGGAGGUUGACGGACACGCCGCCAAGUUGUAUUGCCAAAAUGUGUGCUUGCUGGCCAAGCUCUUUCUCGAGCACAAAACUCUGUACUACGACGUAGAGCCGUUCUUAUUCUACAUUCUCACAGUGGCUGAUGAACGAGGGUGCCACUUUUUGGGCUACUUCUCCAAGGAGAAGCAUUGCCUCAAAAAAUACAAUGUUUCGUGCAUCCUCACCCUGCCCUGCUUUCAACGCAUGGGCUAUGGCCGAUACCUUAUCGAUAUGAGCUACUUGCUCACGCGGGUGGAGCACACCGUUGGUAGUCCCGAGAAACCACUUUCUUGGCUUGGUGCGCGCACCUAUGAAGCUUACUGGUUGCGUGUUCUUCAAGAGUACUUGGUCAGCCACAAUGAGGUGUCCCUCGAUGAUGUGAGUAGAAAGACCGGCAUGACAAUGGCGGAUAUCACGUCAACUAUGGCCAAACAUGGAUACAUAAAAAGGAUAGACGACUCGGUAAAGCUAGUGGUGGACCGUCAAGCACUAGGCGCAGAAUUGUCGGCCAAAACGGCACGUCGACCCAUCUGUAAGCGCACGGCUCCGCGUGUCUCUGACAGGCAACGAGAAGACCUCAAAGCCAGAGACAGGGGAGGAAGCCGUAUGGACAGCAACCAGGGAUCUGCCGAUGUGCCUAUAUCCUGUGCUCUCGUUGUGCUCACUUGACCGUUGUCACAAUGGCCCUUGGCAGUUCCCGAACGGUUGAGGUGGACGCCCUUCAGUCAAAGAACGGACACGUCACCCUGAGUAGGUGUGAUGGGGACGUUUGUGGCAUCAUCACCGACAUGGCACGAAUGGGAGCAGGAUUUUAACUGGCAUGAACCUGAAGU